AUGGGUCACUGCACGAGUAAAGAUCAGAAAGAGGGCAAACGCCUAAAUCGUCGAAUCGAUGAGCAAAUCAAAAAGGAUCAAUCGAUGAGUCUUCGAAUCAUCAAACUACUACUAUUAGGAGCCGGAGAGAGUGGAAAAAGUACAAUAUUAAAACAAAUGAGGAUAUUACACAAAGAUGGAUUCUCACAACAAGAUCUUGAGAUGAUUCGACCCGUCGUCUACUCGAAUUGUAUUCACAGUAUGCUAUCGAUUCUCAGAGCAAUGUUCCAUUUACAAAUCGAAUAUGGCGAACCGGAUCGAGUGCGAGACUCUCAACUAGUAUUUGCCACAGUACACGCCAACAAAGAAGAACUGACAGAAGAAUUAGCACAGGCGAUGCAGAGGUUAUGGCAUGAUCCUGGUGUGAGGGAAUGCUAUCGAAGGAGUAAUGAAUACCAGAUUGAUGAUUCCGCUAAAUAUUUCCUUGACAACCUACCACGUCUCUCCUCUCCAAACUACGUUCCAAGUGAACAAGAUCUUCUGAGGACUAGAAUAAAAACGACUGGAAUCACAGAAGUUCUGUUCGAGCUGAAAGGACUGACAUUCAGAGUUAUUGAUGUGGGAGGUCAACGAUCUGAGCGAAAGAAGUGGAUCCAUUGUUUCGAUAAUGUAAAUGCGAUCAUCUUCAUCUCCUCACUCUCAGAAUACGAUCAGACGUUGAGAGAGGAUAAUUGCACGAACCGAAUGCAAGAAUCCCUGAAACUGUUCGAUUCGAUCUGCAACAGUCCAUGGUUCGCUGACAUUCACUUCAUACUUUUCUUGAAUAAGAAGGACCUGUUCGCCGAGAAGAUCGUUCGUUCUCCACUUACCGUAUGCUUCCCAGAAUACAAGGGACAGCAGAAUCAAACGGAGUGUAUCAACUAUAUUCAGUGGAAGUUUGAGCAGUUGAAUCGAUCCUCCCAACGUGAAAUCUACUGUCACCACACCUGUGCCACCGACACGAACAACGUCCAAUUCGUGCUGGACGCCUGUCUCGACAUGAUCAUUGCCAAAAAUCUCAAAUCAAUGGGAUUAUGCUGA